AUGGCGAGCCUCGCCGCGCUCGCCCUCAGCCUGCUCCUGCGUCUGCAGCUGCCGCCGCUGCCCGGCGCCCGGGCGCAGAGCGCCGCAGGUGGCUGUUCCUUUGAGGAGCACUACAGCAACUGCGGUUACAGUGUGGCCCUGGGGACCAAUGGGUUCACCUGGGAGCAGAUUAACACGUGGGAGAAACCAAUGCUGGACCAGGCCGUGCCCACAGGAUCCUUCAUGAUGGUGAACAGCUCUGGGAGAGCCUCUGGCCAGAAGGCCCACCUUCUCUUGCCGACCCUGAAGGAGAACGACACCCACUGCAUCGAUUUCCAUUACUACUUCUCCAGCCGCGACAGGUCUAGCCCAGGGGCCUUGAACGUGUACGUGAAGGUGAACGGCGGGCCCCAGGGGAACCCCGUCUGGAAUGUGUCUGGGGUCGUCACCGAGGGAUGGGUGAAGGCAGAGCUCGCCAUCAGUACCUUCUGGCCACAUUUCUAUCAGGUGAUAUUUGAAUCCGUCUCUUUGAAGGGUCAUCCUGGCUACAUUGCCGUGGACGAGGUCCGGGUCCUCGCUCAUCCUUGCAGAAAAGCACCUCAUUUUCUGCGACUCCAAAACGUCGAGGUGAACGUGGGGCAGAACGCUACGUUUCAGUGCAUUGCUGGCGGGAAGUGGUCGCAGCAUGACAAACUUUGGCUCCAGCAAUGGAAUGGCAGGGACACGGCCCUCAUGGUCACCCGUGUGGUCAACCAUAGGCGCUUCUCAGCCACGGUCAGUGUGGCGGACACUGCCCAGCGCAGCGUCAGCAAGUACCGCUGUGUAAUUCGCUCAGACGGUGGGUCUGGUGUGUCCAACUACGCGGAGCUGAUCGUGAAAGAGCCCCCCACGCCCAUUGCCCCCCCAGAGCUGCUGGCUGUGGGGGCCACCUACCUGUGGAUCAAGCCAAAUGCCAACUCCAUCAUCGGGGACGGCCCCAUCAUCCUGAAGGAGGUGGAAUAUCGCACCACCACAGGCACCUGGGCAGAAACCCACAUAGUCGACUCCCCCAACUAUAAGCUGUGGCAUCUGGACCCCGAUGUGGAGUACGAGAUCCGGGUGCUGCUCACGCGACCUGGCGAGGGGGGCACGGGACCGCCAGGGCCUCCGCUCACCACCAGGACCAAGUGUGCAGACCCAGUGCACGGCCCACAGAAUGUGGAGAUCGUGGACAUCCGAGCCCGGCAGCUGACCCUGCAGUGGGAGCCCUUUGGCUAUGCGGUGACGCGCUGCCACAGCUACAACCUCACGGUGCAGUACCAGUACGUGUUCAACCAGCAGCAGUACGAGGCCGAGGAGGUGAUCCAGACCUCCUCCCACUACACCCUGCGCGGGCUGCGCCCCUUCAUGACCAUCCGGCUGCGCCUCCUGCUGUCCAACCCCGAAGGCCGGAUGGAGAGUGAGGAGCUGGUGGUGCAGACCGAGGAGGACGUUCCAGGAGCUGUUCCUCUAGAAUCCAUCCAAGGGGGGCCCUUUGAGGAGAAGAUCUACAUCCAGUGGAAACCUCCUAACGAGACCAAUGGGGUCAUCACACUCUAUGAGAUCAACUACAAGGCUGUUGGCUCACUGGACCCAAGUGCCGACCUCUCCAGCCAGAGGGGAAAAGUGUUCAAGCUCCGGAAUGAAACUCACCACCUCUUUGUGGGUCUGUACCCAGGGACCACCUACUCCUUCACCAUCAAGGCCAGCACAGCAAAGGGCUUUGGGCCCCCUGUCACCACUCGGAUCGCCACCAAAAUUUCAGCUCCAUCGAUGCCUGAGUACGACACAGAAACCCCGCUGAAUGAAACAGACACGACCAUCACAGUGAUGCUGAAGCCUGCUCAGUCUCGGGGAGCCCCUGUCAGUGUUUAUCAGCUGGUUGUCAAGGAGGAGCGACUUCAGAAGUCACGGAGGGCAGCUGACAUUAUCGAGUGCUUUUCGGUGCCUGUGAGCUAUCGGAAUGCCUCUAGCCUCGAUUCUCUACACUACUUUGCUGCCGAGUUGAAGCCUGCCAACCUGCCUGUCACCCAGCCAUUUACAGUGGGUGACAACAAGACGUACAAUGGCUACUGGAACCCUCCCCUCUCCCCACUGAAAAGCUACAGCAUCUACUUUCAGGCGCUCAGCAAAGCCAAUGGGGAGACCAAAAUCAACUGUGUUCGUCUGGCUACGAAAGCACCAGUGGGCAGCGCCCAGGUGACCCUGGGGACUCCACUCUGCCUCCUCACCACAGGUGCCUCCACCCAGAAUUCUAACACCAUGGAGCCAGAGAAGCAGGUGGACAACACCGUGAAGAUGGCCGGCGUGAUCGCUGGCCUCCUCAUGUCCAUCAUCAUUCUCCUGGGCGUGAUGCUCACCAUCAAAAGGAGAAGAAAUGCUUAUUCCUACUCCUAUUACUUGAAGCUGGCCAAGAAGCAAAAGGAGACACAGAGUGGAGCCCAGAGGGAGAUGGGGCCAGUGGCCUCGACCGACAAACCCACCACCAAGCUCAGCGCCAGCCGCAACGACGAAGGCUUCUCUUCUAGUUCUCAGGACGUUAACGGAUUCACAGAUGGCAGCCGCGGGGAGCUGUCCCAGCCCACCCUCACCAUCCAGACCCACCCCUACCGAACCUGCGACCCUGUGGAGCUGAGCUACCCGCGGGACCAGUUCCAGCCCGCCAUCCGGGUGGCGGACCUGCUGCAGCACAUAACCCAGAUGAAGAGAGGCCAGGGCUACGGGUUCAAGGAGGAAUACGAGGCCUUACCAGAGGGCCAGACAGCUUCGUGGGACACAGCCAAGGAGGACGAGAACCGCAAUAAGAAUCGAUACGGGAACAUCAUAUCCUAUGACCAUUCCCGGGUAAGGCUGCUCGUGCUGGACGGAGACCCACACUCCGACUACAUCAACGCCAACUACAUUGACGGAUACCAUCGACCGCGGCACUACAUCGCAACUCAAGGUCCAAUGCAGGAGACGGUAAAGGACUUUUGGAGAAUGAUCUGGCAGGAGAACUCUGCCAGCAUCGUCAUGGUCACAAACCUCGUGGAAGUGGGCCGGGUGAAGUGUGUGCGAUACUGGCCAGAUGACACAGAGGUCUACGGAGACAUCAAAGUCACCCUGAUUGAGACAGAGCCCCUGGCAGAAUAUGUCAUCCGCACCUUCACAGUGCAGAAGAAAGGCUACCACGAGAUCCGGGAGCUCCGUCUCUUCCACUUCACCAGCUGGCCCGACCACGGCGUCCCCUGCUAUGCCACUGGCCUUCUGGGCUUCAUCCGCCAGGUCAAGUUCCUCAAUCCCCCGGAAGCUGGGCCCAUAGUGGUCCACUGCAGCGCUGGGGCCGGGAGGACCGGCUGCUUCAUCGCCAUCGACACCAUGCUCGACAUGGCCGAGAAUGAAGGGGUGGUGGACAUCUUCAACUGUGUGCGCGAGCUCCGGGCCCAGAGGGUCAACUUGGUACAGACAGAGGAGCAAUAUGUGUUUGUGCACGAUGCCAUCCUGGAGGCGUGCCUCUGUGGCAACACCGCCAUCCCUGUGUGUGAGUUCCGCUCUCUCUACUACAACAUCAGCAGGCUGGACCCCCAGACAAACUCCAGCCAAAUCAAAGAUGAAUUUCAGACCCUCAACAUUGUGACGCCCCGCGUGCGGCCUGAGGACUGCAGCAUCGGGCUCCUACCCCGCAACCAUGAUAAGAAUCGGAGCAUGGACGUCCUGCCUCUGGACCGCUGCCUGCCCUUCCUCAUCUCGGUGGACGGGGAAUCCAGCAACUACAUCAACGCGGCACUGAUGGACAGCCACAAACAGCCUGCCGCCUUCGUGGUCACCCAGCACCCUCUGCCCAAUACCGUGGCGGACUUCUGGAGGCUGGUGUUCGACUAUAACUGCUCCUCCGUGGUGAUGCUGAAUGAGAUGGACACGGCCCAGCUCUGUAUGCAGUACUGGCCUGAGAAGACCUCUGGGUGCUACGGACCCAUCCAGGUGGAGUUCGUCUCCGCAGACAUCGAUGAGGACAUCAUCCACAGAAUAUUCCGCAUCUGUAAUAUGGCUCGGCCACAGGAUGGUUAUCGUAUAGUACAGCACCUCCAGUACAUUGGCUGGCCUGCCUACCGGGACACACCCCCCUCCAAGCGCUCUCUGCUCAAAGUGGUCCGACGGCUGGAGAAGUGGCAGGAGCAGUAUGACGGGAGGGAGGGACGCACGGUGGUCCACUGCCUGAACGGGGGAGGCCGCAGCGGAACCUUCUGUGCCAUCUGCAGCGUGUGUGAGAUGAUCCAGCAGCAAAACAUCAUUGACGUGUUCCACAUCGUGAAAACAUUGCGGAACAACAAAUCCAACAUGGUGGAGACCCUGGAACAGUAUAAAUUUGUAUACGAGGUGGCACUGGAAUAUUUAAGCUCCUUUUAGCUCAGUGGGACGGGGAGCCUGCCGGAGCCCAGAGGCUGCCGCGGCCAAGCCCCCUUUCCUGUGACUGGCAGUGACCGAGGUGGCACCCCUGCCUGACUCCAAGAAGAAGACUGAUGGCCCGACGUUCCGCGGUGGGC